CGCAUGGCAGCCCGUAUCCGUGCCCUCGAGUCUCUGCCCUAUAUCGUCGGUGUCAACCCCUUCAUCUCACGCUUAUACACGAUCUAUAGGGAGAGCCUGGACGCGCUCCUCCGGGAAAAAGAGGUGACGACGCUCGAGGAGAACGACGAGUUCGUAAGACGACUUCAGGGGUUGGUCGAGAGUCACGCAAACGAUAUCCCGAUCAUGGCAAAGGGCUUCCAAGAGUGUAAGAGGUACAUGACCCCCAGCGCUGUCAGUGCCUUCCUGGACGGCGCCAUCCGCUCUCGGAUCGGCACACGACUCAUAGGAGAGCAACAUGUUGCCAUCUCACGAUCUCUUUCCCACCCAACUCCCGGACAAGUCGGAGUCGUGCAGACAGACCUGAAGCCAAGGGAGAUGAUACAGCAUUGUGCGGCGUUUGUGGCCGAACUGUGUGAGAGCACGCUGGGAGUCGUGCCACAGUUGGUCGUGGAUGGUAUGGUUGAUGCGACGUUUUCGUACAUUCCCGUGCACCUCGAAUACAUCCUCACCGAGCUGCUCAAAAACGCCUACCGCGCCACAGCAGAACACCACCUGCGUCUACCCACCCCCACCCCUCCAUCGAUCACGCUUACCCUCUCCCGCACACCUUCUUUCCUCUCUUUCCGUAUCCGGGACGGAGGCGGUGGGAUCGCCCCCGCCCAUUUAGCCCACGUGUUCUCGUAUGCGUUCACUACUGCAGGAGUGGAGGACGGAGGGCCGUAUGCGAUGCAGCACGUUGGAGGCCAAGCAGCGCUGGAUGCCGGUGCUCCUCCUCCUCCCUCUCCCUCUACGUCUCCCUCCCUCUCCCCAGCCCCCGCGCUAGCAGAAUCGGUAUUCACAGAAAUAUCAGCAACUUCACUCCGGUCUUCCAUGGGCACGAUCGCCGGCUUAGGGUAUGGCCUGCCCCUCGCACGCCUCUACGCGUCUUAUUUUGGCGGAGGGCUUGAGCUUGUUAGUUUGUACGGGCAUGGAACGGACGUGUUUGUGAAAUUGAGGAGUUUGGAAGGAGGGGCGGAUGUGUUGCUUUAGCGUAACGCUCGUCCACGGCCGGUGGGGAGGAGGGGGGAGACAGUAACUGAUGGAGUUGGACAUCUGUAUGUAGUAGAUUGUAUUAUACAUUUCGCUUUGCC